GUUCUUUCACCAGCCAGAUGAUGUUCGCCAGAUUUUGCAGACAGGUUCCAGAUGGGGAUUUGAAAAGGCGACAUUCUUGGAGUAGCGAGAUCGACUAUCAGUUGGAGGAAACGGAAGCUGUGACUAUUUCAGGGGAAGAUCCCGCUGUUCUAGCUCCAUCGCUUAACGAUAGAAUCUCUUACAAGGAGUAUGGCUGUUCGGUGCAGACGGUGGACCUGGUGGCGGACUGCCCGUUGCAGAUCGUGACGGGUAACUCGAGAUCGCCAUCACUCUCGAGAGCACCGACACCCUCCCCGACGUUCAUCUCGUCGUCGACGAGCAUGGGGCAACGCUCGAGUGCCUUGUUACGCCCCAGAAUCUCGUUAACUUGGGUCUUGCGUGGCCAACAACAAUCUAACUUGGGUCCUGGACCCAAUAACUAUUCGACCAUUAACGGCAGUGGAGGUACAAAUAAUGAUCGAGACACUUUUUCGCGGAGUAGCAAGAGAUCUUCGAGAAGAAGUGUUAAAAGUAUCAAGGACAAAGACGCUGUUAGCAAGGAAAAUAUCGAGAACAAGGAGAGCAUCGAGAAGCGCGAGAAAAUUUUGCACAGGCUUCAAAAGAUCGAAAGAAUCGAGAAGACUGUUGACAAAGAGACGAUCGGUGAAAAGCAGUUGGACAGUCCUCUCGAGAGGCACUUUAACAAAGAAUUUAUCGGUCUCAAAAAUACGAAAGAAAAGGAGAAAGUAAAGAGAGCCGUAUCCGAGCCUUCCCUAGUAUCUCGUGAAUCAACAUCGACACCCAAUGGACGAGAGAAGCACCGACAUAGGCGGACCAAACGUUCGCAUAAACCUAGACUACCCAGUAGAUUCGGUUAUGAGAUUGCCGAUCUUGACGCGUUCCUAACUAAGGCAUCUAUAGAAAGACCAGCGAACAUCCCAGUUGUCCUGUCUUUCCCAUCGGUAUUAUAUCAGACUCAAGGCGGUAUACAGGAUGAAAUGGCUCUUCCUCUUGGUACAGUUGUGAAUGCCGUCUUCAAAAAUCAAACCUGGCUAUACGUGCAAACACCUCACGGACAGGAGGGUUACGUCGGCUACACUGCCUGUUUACCCUUAGGGAUCUUACCACAACCUACACGAGGACCAUGCUGGGAAGAUUCCACUGAUGUUUUUCCUCGGCCAUUAGGAAAUAUGACAGACAUGGAGAAACUGCGUGAUACUAGAUCCGAGUGCGGGGCAAGUCGUGGACGCAGCGGCAGAAUGAGGCGAGGACCAAGAGACGCGGUAUCGGCAUGCGGUGAACGGAGUGUCGAUCGGUUGUAUCUAAGAGCAGCAGCAAACGCGCGCACCAAAGGCUCGCGGUACACACUCCUGGUGAUUAGGAAUGAUUACGAGGCGCAUGCCGCAAAUGCUUUGACGGUCUCGAAAGGCGAUGUGGUCGCUUUGCUGAGCGAUCAUACGAACGACUGGUUCUGGGUGCGUUCCAGGGAUGGCAGAGAAGGAUUUAUCCCCGCGGUCAUCGCCGGUCAUGGUUUUCUCUGAUCCCUUUUAAUCAGAGGGAUGCUUAUUUAAUGUUAACAAAUCCUUGUUUACGAAAUUCGUGAAGAAAUGAUAUUACACUCUCGGAACAAUAUUUUUAUAAAUACUG